CAUGAGACGGUGUUCUCGAGUUAUGCCGGAAAUCAAUUUUUGCUACGGCGUGCGGUGGUCGGAGAGUAGAAAGGAAGAACAAGAAUAAGGGUUUCAGGUCUUGUAUUCUCCCAAAUUGGAUUCAAAUAUGAGUGUAAAAGGGCACAAAAACAACACAAGACAACCCAGACUAUGAGGUAACCAUUUCUCAAAGGUUUUUCUCCGGUCGCCGCCGCACCGCCGCGCCGUUAAGACGAAGAGUAGAAGACGGGAAUAAGAAGGUUUUACAGAGUUCCCUUCCCUUCAAAGCCUUUCUUCGACCCAUAUUCACUCUUUCAAGCGCAACGACACGAUAAAUAUAAUCAGAAUCAUUCCAAUUGCGAAAUCGAAACUCAUUGAAUCGUAUCGUAUUGUAUCGCACGAUAAUUUGGUUCCUUUGCUUUCUCUGAAUUGAGAGAUGGGAAAAGCAAGGGACAGGACCGAAGAUUUCAAAGACGCCGUGCGCCACACCGCUCGCUCUUUGGGCUACGAUGAGGCUAAAUUGGCGUCCGUUAUGGCUUCUUUCAUUAUUCAUAAACCGCCGCAAAAGUCCCCGUUUUCCAAAGCUGCAUUGAAGACGUUGGAGAGUAUUGGAGAGCUGGAUCAGUUUUUGUUGAAGCACAGAAAGGACUACACGGAUCUGCAUCGCACAACUGAAAAGGAGAGAGAUAGCAUUGAGCAUGAAGUUAGUACUUUUAUUAAAACUUGCCAGGAACAAAUUGAUAUUCUUAAGAAUAGUAUAAAUCAAGAGGAGGAAACUUCGAAAGGUUGGCUUGGCAUUGCAACCACAAAAUCUAAUGCCGACAUCAUUGCCCACAAACAUGGGGUGGUUCUAAUUUUAAGUGAGAGGCUCCAUUCAGUUACGGCACAGUUUGAUCAGCUCAGAGCUGUACGCUUCCAGGAUGCUAUUAACAAAGCAAUACCACGAAGAAAACUUAACCGUGUAGCCAGGAAUGAUUCUGCAGAAACCUCUAAGUCAAGUGACAUGGAGCUCAGAGAACCAGAGGAGUUACGCGCUGAGCCUCUAAGAGUCCAACAGCAACUCUUGGAUGAUGAAACACGUGCCCUUCAGGUGGAAUUGACUAGUCUUCUCGAUACAGUUCAAGAAACUGAAACUAAGAUGGUGGAGAUGUCUGCACUAAAUCACCUCAUGUCUACACAUGUUUUGCAUCAAGCUCAGCAAAUUGAGCAUCUGUAUGAUCAGGCUGUUGAAGCUACUAACAAUGUUGAGCUUGGUAACAAAGAACUCUCACAAGCCAUUCAGCGGAAUAGCAGCAGCAGGACAUUUCUUUUACUAUUUCUAUUUGUGCUUACUUUUUCAAUUCUCUUUCUUGAUUGGUAUAGUUAAAUGCUUUUGGUUUCCUGCUGUCACGGUGUAUCCUAUAGAUACUCUCUGCCCCCCUUUCUCAUUUUUCUAGAUGCGAUGCUUAUUGGAGAAAGAAUUUUAGUAAUCAAUUUAUGAAGGGAAUGACAAAAGAGACAUGCCUACUGUUGGGUGGAGGGAUGGGAAAUCAAAAUAUCUUAUUUGGUUUGCAAUUUUGGAGGAGAUAAAGGAAAGUGAAGGACUAACAUUUCUUCCUUCUUUUCCUUUAAAUCAACAGUCUGAUGGAAAUGUUAAAAGAAUUCCUCACUGAACCUGUUAUAUACCAUGCAUUUUCAUA